GCAGCCCCCCGGGCCUGGGGCGGGGGGGUGAAGGGACGCGGCGGGGGUCGGUCUGCGCGUUCUGCUUUUUCUUCUGGCUGCUGGAAACUCCUCUGCCUGCCGGCCGCUCUCCCGGCUCCUUUCUGCCCGCCGAAUCCCGCCUUGCGUUUCAGCGGUGCGGCUGUUUCUUCCUUUGCUCUGUUUGCCGCUCGGUCCCUCCUCGCCCGUGUGGGAGUGACCCCCGCUCUGCCGGCGGCCCGGCCCCUCUGCUGCUUCUGCCGGCGGGACCGGGCCGUCCCUGCUCCUGUCGCGAACCGCCCUCCCUCCGGCUCAGGUGGUAUUUCAUAAAACCGCAGGAAGUUCUCUUUGCCUUUGGACUGCGUGGCCGAGUGCAGCGUCUCAGUUUCGGCUGAGAGUUGUCAGACGCGAGCGGCGUUGGCUGGAAGGAGUUAAAGCAGCGGUGGCGACCCCGGGGGGACGCGCCUUGCCUCAGCCUUCCAGCGGCCGAGGGGUGUGGGAGCGGCAGCUCCGGCAGGAAGGCAAGGCCGGGAUUCUGUCACAUGAGUCAGUUCGGUGUGAAUCUCCUCUCAGCUCCUUGCCUUCCCCAAAGCUGUAAGCUGCCUGCUGAAGUGGUGAGCGCCUUUGGCUGGCCCUUUGUUGCCCUCGGACGUGUUGGAUUCAGGCAAAGUCGAGCCCAGGUGACCAGAGGAAAGGUCACCCUAACCUGUUUCAGAGCCCCUUCAGGUCCCAAAGAACAGGACAGAGGACUCGCCCCAGCCAGAGCACUCCUUAGGGUAGAGGACGAGGAUUUCUGGUCUGAAGCAGAGGGUGACGUGAGCUGCUCUGUCCCUGGAUCCAUUAUGGAACAGAUCAAUGGACCUCUUCAGAUGGAGCAUGCAUUGCUGUUCACCUUCCUGGAGGUAUCCUCUGACUGUAACUUCAAAGACCAGCUGCGUUCCCUGCAAAGCCAGCAGAUCAUGUUGUGCCAAGGAAACGAUGACGAUGAGCUUCAGACCGAUGGCAAUCGGAGUGGCCACUUUCAGAAUGGGUUGGCUCAAACAAAUGAAGAGGUUAUCCGGAUCAUUGCUGCUCAGCUUGCUGAGAUUGGAGACCAGUUUGACAGAGAAAUCCAAGAAGGAGUAGUAAAUAGCCUAGCACGGCACUUUCUGAAUGAGAAUCUGUCUAACGAGGAGAUAACCCAGCACAUGUCCAGGGCAGUGAGAGAGCUUACACGAGCCAUCCCCUCAGACAUGGAACAGGAGAAGGCCAUGUUGGUGCUAACAAUGGUCUUGACUAAGAAAAUUGUGAAUACAGUGCCUGCUCUUCUACGCCGUGUCUUUAACACCACUCUGAACUACAUGAACCAGCAGUUCCACAACUACAUUGCUGAAAUGCUGGGUGAGUGAGCUCUCCAGGCCUGUGUGAAGCAUGUGAAUUCCUGAAGAUUUUCCUUGAUGGAUGAACAUGACUUGAUUUUCUCUUGACUUCUGAAAGACAGCUGUGAAAGGGAUGGCAGAGCUUCAUAGAUGAGCUUUUGUAGACUAGCACAGCAGUAAUAGUAGCAUGAGCUGCCUGCCAGCUCUGCCAGUACCUGUAGGAAGUAGUGCUUGCCUCUCUGCUUUCACAAUACCUUUUAUUUUAGCAGCAGCAGGGCCUGCCUUCUGCCUCCACAGGCCCAGGGGGCACAGGACCUGUCCUCUGUGGGGUUUUUUUGCAUUUUGCUUUAGUUAUUCACUUCCCAGCCCUGCACCUGCAGCUGAGCCGUGCUGAAUGCUGUUCCCAGGAAGGCCUCAGAGACUGUGGAAUGGGUGGUUCAUCAGCGGGGGGGUGGGUGGGAGGGAUUCAGGUGUCUUGAUGAGAAGCUGGCAGCAAGAGGGAACAGCCCUGAGGGAUAGAGGGGGGAUGUGGCCAGAGAAGGCUGACACCAGGGUACUUCAGUAUCAAUCACCAUACACCUGUGUUUGCUUGAAAAAUAAAACUGACAGAAAAAUUGUAAAGAAAAGGGCAGGGUAGGCACAGAGAAAGUUUUUUGAGAAUGCAACCUGAAUAUGCCUAAGAAAAGGUAGCAAAUUUUGUAGUCAAAUCUCAGGCUGAACAAACUUGGACUCAGGUUGUUUUAUACAUAACCAGAAAAGGUGGCAAAUAUGUCACCUGUGAUCCAGCUGCCUCAGGACUUUUCCAAGUAUGUAAAUAUUUUGUAGGUUUUUUUAACUUAAAUAAAAAUUUAAUCUCUGGAGGCUACUACAGCUCUGCAGACGUUCAGU